GGUUCUAGAAAACUUGGGUAUUACAGAAGCCCACAAGUGAAAAUGAGGAAGGAAAGCCAGUAUAAGAAAGAAGAACCUUUACUUCACAAGCUACUCGUGUGUUGAGCUCAUGACUGCCACAAUACAUACAGCUGAGUAUCUUCCCAAACAAAGCUGAUGCUCGGGACAGCCAACACCACUGUGAUGCGGGGCUUCAACAAGUCUGAGUGGUGCCCCAGAGAUACCCGGAUGACACAGCUGGUCUUCCCAGCCCUCUAUACUGCGGUCUUCCUGACUGGCCUCCUGUUGAACACCUUGGCCCUCUGGGUGUUCAUUCACAUUCCCAGCAAUUCUACUUUCAUCGUCUACCUCAAAAACACUCUGGUGGCAGACUUGAUAAUGACCCUAAUGCUUCCUUUCAAAAUCCUUUCUGAUUCCCACCUUGGACCCUGGCAAAUGAGAGUUUUUGUAUGUUAUUUCUCUUCUGUGGUCUUUUAUGAGACCAUGUAUAUAGGUAUCAUAAUGCUGGGCCUCAUCGCCUUUGACAGAUUCCUCAAGAUCAUCAGACCUUUUAGGAAUGUUUUGCAAAAAAAACCGACUUUUGCAAAAUUAGUCUCAGUUUUCAUCUGGUUCCUGAUGUUCCUCAUUUCCCUGCCAAACAUGAUCUUGAACAACAAGGAGGCAACACCAUCAUCUGUGAAGAAGUGUGCAUCCUUGAAGAGUCCUCUGGGGCUGGUGUGGCAUCAAGUAGUCAGUCAUACAUGCCAGUUCAUUUUCUGGACUGUGUUUCUUCUGAUGCUUCUGUUUUAUGUGGUGAUUACCAAAAAAGUAUACAAUUCGUAUAAAAAGUUUACAAGUAAGGACAGCCAACACAAAAAGGUGGAGACGAAAGUAUUUAUUGUCAUAGCUGUAUUCUUUGUGUGCUUUGCUCCUCUACAUUUUGUCAGAGUUCCGUAUACGUACAGUCAAACCAAUAAGACGGACUGUAGACUAGAAAACCAACUGUUCAUUGCUAAAGAAACGGCUCUCUUUUUGGCUACAACUAACAUUUGUAUGGACCCAUUAAUAUACAUACUCUUAUGUAAAAAGUUCACAGAGAGAGUACCAUGUAUGAGAGGGCGAAGGAUAGCAGCAUCAAGCCAAGAGCACCACAGCAGCCAUACAGACAACAUCAUACUAACCUGACAGCGUUCUCCCACACAGUAACUCUACCACCCAUAGCGUCGCUUCUAUUUAAGGAUGGGACUUGAAAGGUCAUUUACUUGGAGACUUCAUUUAAGCAUUAUAGGAAAAGGGGGGAGCAAACAUUUUCCUACAUCUUAUUCAUCUAGAAUGUGGAAAAGAUUAUAUACAUUUUAAUUACACAGAUCUAUUUAUAAACAGAAUGAAUUAAGAUAAUGUUUAAGAAAGCAAAUGGCCACUAGAUGUCAUCUUUUGAAGAGCAUUCACAUAAUAUGGAAAAGAUUAAUGAGUAAUAGGAAUGCCUAAAAAUCCUCCCUUCUAGUGACCAUCCCACAGUCUUUCACACACAUACUUCCUAAAACAUUAUGGUCACCUUUAUAGCCUUCAGAAUGCUGAUACUUGUAGGCAUUACCAAUAAACUUGUGCAUCUAACGCCUGUGGAGGAAACCUAAGGCAGUAGCUGAAAGAGAGGCAGUUUGAGGAACCAAAGUGUUUGAUCAAAAUGAUCCCAGGAAUCCCAAAAGAUUUGUUUUCCUUACAAGUGCAAAGGGCCUCUGCUACAUCUCAGCAGUGCACCAGAAAAGGCACAUUCUACAGGCAAAGCUAGGACAUAGCCAUGUGCAGUCUGGGAGGGGGAAGGUGGUGUCACUCAGCAGAACCUUCCUGGGCAACAGAGUCUGCACCCAGCUGGAAGAUAACGACUCCCCCACUAUUUGUCUAUAUGCGUUACUGCACACUUUCUUCUACUAGUUUGCUGUAAUUCUGGACUACAUUUCCCAAAGACAGGGUUCUUAAAAAGACAAAUACGUUACAAAUUUUUGUUAUCUUCUGAAAUCCCUCCCUCCACCACACACACACACAAAAUGGACUGCAGCCAUCCCUGACAGAUAUACUAACCUUGGUGCACAUAAGCAAUGAAAGAGUUGGACUGUGGUCGGUAAUAAUCACGUGGGAAGAUUUUUCAAAGCCUGAUUCAUUUUAUUUGGGUCCAUAUCCUUUUCUGGAUCUCUUUGUGGAUUUUAAAAAAGAAAUAAAGUCUGCUUUCCUGGAAUUGCUACUGAACUUUGCUGGAGAACAUGAGGACUCUCACUCUAGCUGUGCCUACCAGAUGAAGUCUUGGCUUCUCUCCUCCGGUGGCCUUUGAAGCCACAGAGGCCAGAGGACUUCCUUACCUUUAGGGAAUCAUCUGCUAACAGCACUUCCACUCUCGACCUUUACACUCUGCUUAAUAUGCCAUGAUUCUGUCCUCACUCCACUGUGCAUAGAACCUUCCCUCUGACUCACCUUAUAAGUUCCAUCUAUAGGCAAAACCCAGAGUUGCUAUCACUACUCCAUGUAAUCUCAUGUGCUCAACCUCCCACUACUACCUCAGGCCCAAUCACUUCCUUUCCCAUGAGGCAUCAUUCCUCAACUCACACACUGCUUUGUGAUAAUCUCUUUAAACAUGCAUCUAUUGCUUAAAUAGACUAUGCAUAUUUUAUAGACAUAGGAAGUUUCAUUGUUCAAUUAAUAAAUGUUUGCUAA